AUGGCAGAGUCAACGGCCCAGGACAGUCAGGCCAGGCAGGACAGUCAGGACAGGCAGGACAGUCAGGACAGGCAGGACAGUCAGGCCAGUCAGGACAGUCAGGCCAGUCAGGACAGUCAGGCCAGGCAGGACAGUCAGGACAGGCAGGACAGGCAGGACAGUCAGGACAGUCAGGACAGUCAGGACAGGCAGGCCAGGCAGGCCAGUCAGGACAGUCAGGACAGUCAG